CCCCGCCCCCUCAGUGUGCCUCUUGGAUCGUAAUCAGGGAAAGGUGUUCUGUCAUCCGCUGUGACAGUAAUUAUACCUUUUCGGGUUUACUUUCCUUACUACAUAUAUUACAUUAUUUGCAGCUAUCCGUCUAAAAAAACAUGGCAUCUUCUUCAUCUCUCAUUUUUGCUCUCACGUUAACGCUGUGGAUGUUCGCCGGAUCGGUUCUCGCCAAGGGCGAUGUGCUGGAGCUCGGAGACGGGGAUUUCGAUUAUCUGGCAUCGGAACACGAGACAAUGCUAGUAAAAUUCUACGCUCCGUGGUGUGGACACUGUAAGAAACUCGCCCCGGACUUUGAGACGGCAGCAACCCGACUGAAAGGGACCGUUCCUCUGGCCAAGGUGGACUGUACCGCCAACCCAGACACAUGUGGUCGUUUUGGGGUAACAGGAUAUCCCACACUCAAGAUCUUCAGGAACGGAGAAGAUUCCUCAAGCUACGAUGGGCCACGAACAGCAGAUGGCAUAGUGCACCACAUGAAGAAGCAGGCUGGUCCCAACUCUCUGAGCCUGCACAGCCAGGCUGACCUUGAGGCCUUCAUCAACCACUUUGAUGCCAGCGUUGUUGGAUUCUUCCCAGGGUCGGAGGGCAGCCAGCUGGCUGAGUUCCUGAAGGCGGCCAGCAUGAUGAGGGAGCACUUCCGCUUCGCCCACACGUCCGACCUGAGCCUGGGAGCUCCGUACGGCGUGGCCGCCAAGGGCGUGCUUCUCUUCCGGCCCCCCAGGCUGAGCAGUAAGUUUGAGGACAGCGUGGUCCACUUUACCGACACCAUCUCCCCAGCCUCUCUUCGACGCUUCAUCAGAGACAACAUUUUUGGAAUUUGCCCGCACCUGACCAAUGAGAACAGGGACAGGAUGAAGGGGCGGGACUUGUUGACAGUGUACUACGACCUGGACUACCUACGCAACCCCAAGGGCUCCAACUAUUGGAGGAACAGGGCGAUGAAGGUGGCCUCCCAGUUCCUCUCCCAGGGUCUGAGUUUCGCCGUGGCCAAUCGGCGGGACUUUGUGGACGAGCUGGAGCAAGAGUUUGGACUGGGGGCGUCCGACGGGGGGGACCUGCCCUUCGUGACCAUCCGGACCGCCCGCGGUCACAAGUACACCAUGCGGGAGGAGUUCACGAGGGACGGGAAGUCUCUGGAGAGGUUCCUGGAUGAGUACUUUGCCGGACGACUGAAACGCUACAUCAAGUCUGAACCCAUCCCUGAGAAGAACAAGGGACCCGUGAAGGUAGUGGUAGCUGAGUCAUUUGAGGAGAUGGUGAACGCUGCAGAGAAGGACGUGCUGAUAGAAUUAUAUGCUCCCUGGUGUGGACACUGCAAAAGCCUGGAGCCCAAAUACAAAGAGCUGGCGGAGCAACUCUACGAUGACCCCAAUAUUGUCAUCGCCAAGAUGGACGCUACGGCCAAUGACGUCCCUGAGGGCUUCGACAUACAAGGUUUUCCCACCAUCUACUUCUCCCCAGCCGGUCAGAAGAACCAGCCGAAACGAUACGAGGGAGCUCGCGAGGUGAAGGACUUCCUCAACUUCCUGAAGAAGGAAGCCUCGCACGCCCUCGUCGUGAGCGGAGUGAGGGAGGAGCUGUGAACAAGCAGGAACGGGAAGUGAGGACUGGCCGGGGUGCAUGGUGGGAGAUGUGGUUUGGGACCUCCCCCGGCGCUCACGUCGCAGGCUGUCUUACUGUAGAGUCGCGAAGGAACAUCUGACAAGAUCUCUUUACAAAACUGUUUUCAAACGAUAACGCGUGGCUGACUCGACAGGAAAAGAGCCACCGGUUGUGUGGAGAAUAUUCCCACGGAAUUGAAACAGAAGGACUACCUGGAGUGAAGGAGGAGGUGGAGAGAGAAGACCUCUGUUGAUUAAACAUACACUUAGAAGUUCCAGGACAGAGACCAGUGGGUAGGCUCUCUGGCAUGACCUGAGGACCCUGGAGCCACCAGACUCAGCUGCCUUUAAGGGUUCAUGGUGCGUGUAGAUUAGCCUUGUGUUAUCUUCGGGUCAUUCUGA